AUGUUUCAUCAGCAUGGCCACUUCCCCGGAAUCACAGAUCGAUCCCCCCCGGCGCGAGAGGGCGGUGACGUUUCUACAACUCUCAACUAUACGAUACCUCCUGAACGCGAAGGACUAAAACCAAUCGAUGCCGAUCUACCCGAGGCGGAACGGCGAAAUGCUCAGCGCGGGGGCCUCACGGAUAUCAAGGAGAUCGUUCAGCCCGCCACGGAAGACCUCGUCCAGGGAAUGACCGGUGCAUCGGGAGUCAUUGUCUACCUUACUCGCCUGAGGUUCGAGGGCAAUCAGACUGGAAACAAAAUGAGCCCCCCCAAUUCUUCUUCGCAUGGUGUUCACUCGGAUAUCACGCACGCGUCUUGCCGGCCGGUUCAGAAGGAGAUCCUACCAGCCGACGAAAUGGCGCGGCUCAUGGGCUGUCGCUUUGUGGUUGUCAAUGUCUGGAGGCCAAUAAAGCCAGUACAAAAAGAUCCUCUUGCAGUCUGUGAUUGGAGGUCUGUGGACCCAGCGACGGACAUUUUUCCAGACCGGAGGGUCGUUGCCGGGCAGGUGUUCGAAUUCAGGCAGCCAGAUGAACCGCUCGUUUUCAUGCAGUUGGGUAGUGAUGUUGCCUCCAGCGUGACCUUGCUCCACUCGGCCUUUGUUGAUCCCAAGCAUGUCGAUGAUCCUCCACGCGACAGUAUUGAAAUGAAAUGUUUUGCGUUUUUCACCGAGCAGGCCAGUCAAGCGGUUGACUGA